GAAAGGUCUUAUAUUUUUAAUUCUAUUCGGUAUUAUAUAAAGCGGAUACAAACACCAGCGGUUUUCAGUCUUUACAUAAAAGUUGAUUGUACGGACGUGCCCAAACUUGCGCAUUGUAAUGUUUUGUUUGGCGUUGUCAACAGAAGCCUUGUUUAUUGUCAAUAUUGUGGGGUCAGUAUAAAAGCUUCGGCGAACCGUCAUAGCCCUGUUGAGAUUCAGAGAUCUAUAAGACAGAAGAUUGAGUUGGUUUCAACAUCGUCAACAUGCCUCCCUCAGAAAUGAAAUUGCUGCAAGAUGCUAUUCAUGGGAAAAACGUCGGUGAUGCUCUUUCUGUUCUCAAACACUACACAGAUAAAAAGAAUGUAAAAUCAGAUGUGCGCAAUUAUCGUUGCCGUUACGACGAGAACGGGGAAAAUAUAACCACCGACGAUACCAUUCUCCACCUCGCUGCAGCAUUUCUAGAUGAACGUCACUAUGCCAUUAUAGACGAGAUAGUAAAGCUGGCGCCUGAUCUGCUUGCGUCUGGAAAAUUGUCUAAAACCCAUAGUGGGCAAACACCCCUUCAUAUCCUCAUAGUCAGGAAACAAAACGACACACUUAGAAGAAUCAAAGAUUUGUUAUUGUCUGGUGAACUAGAAAUGGGCGGUACUGUAAGAAACAACAUAUCCAACCCUAAAGUUGAAGGUGAAUGGUUCAGGAAGACUAUCAUGGAAGGUGAACUGCCACACAUAGUGGCAGCACUCACACUAGACAUAGACACUGCCGAAAUUGUGUUAGAGAUGACACGCACAGAUAUCAAAGCGCAGAAUAGCGAAGGAAACACUGUUUACCAUUGCCUGGUAGAACAUGCAGCUAGAUAUCCGGAAGAAAUACAGGGAGUGACUGCAAUGUGGAAUUUUCUUACCUCUUAUGAUCAACAAACGGGUAGUGGAGAAGACCGCAUACAAGCCGCAAUCGGGUCUAAGUACGCACUUAGACUACCUAACAAGGACCUCAUGCGACCGUUACAGUUGGCUGCCUUGCAUGGGGUAGCUACACUGUUCAACCUGAUACUGAACUCUGAGAGAAUUCUAAAUGCCAAAGAUAGACUUUUUGACUCCUACCUGUAUGAUAUCUCAGUAAUCGACACUGUUGCUCAUUUCAAAAGUCAAAGAGAAAAGAAAGAAAAGAAACAUAAUGAACAAAGAGUAACCAGGAAUCAAGUGAUUCCAUCAGACAACACUCCUUCAAACAAUGUAGAGGAACGCAAUAAUGAACAAGUCGGUACAGCAGUGAAAACCGAAAAGAUCCAAUGCAGUCGGAGUGUGCUGGAGAUGAUGUGCAAUAGGAGAUUCGCCAAAAACAAAAACUCCGUCUUCGAAAUAAUAAGACAACCGCCUAUGAAGAUGCUGAUUGACGUUAAAUGGAAGCACUGUUGGCGCCAUUUCUACAUAUGGGCGAUUUGCCACAUUGUGAUAAUGGCGUUUUACAGCGCAUACGCGAUAGAAAGGGCGGUCGUAGCUUUCCCCUCAAACUCAACCCAUCCUGAAACCACAGAUGUCAAGAAAGACUUCGUGUCCUGGAUGUCUUACCUACUUUUACCAUUGGUAGGUGCCCCUUAUUUACUACUUACAGUGUUACUGGUAAUAGCCAGAUGCAAGCGCCCAACACCCCGUGAAUACAUCACACACGAUAUUGAAUACAUCGUUCUACUGUUUUUGUUUUCGUUCGGCCUUUUGGUAGAUAGUAUAUGUCAUUAUAGCUAUCUAGAAAAUUGUGAUUGUUUUCUGGUAAUCUCCCUUCUCUCUGGCUGGUGGUUUACCAUUUUCUUUUUUCGUGCCUUUGAAGCGUUAAGCUUUUACGUUGCAAUGAUACUAAAAGUGAUUUUCGGGGACCUGCUUCGUUUUGGGUUGUUUAUCCUUCUGGCUCUCGUUUCCUUCAGUACCGCUUUUCAAGUCUUGGUUCAAGGUAGUUGUGUACCAACUGCGUAUGGUGAUGAGACAUAUAAAGCUUUCUUUCAAACAGCGCUGAUCAACUUCCUAUUGAUGUUUGGUCUUGAAGAUAUUGAGUUUUUACGUGAAGCUAGGGAGCCUGCCAUGGCCUAUAUCGUCUACCUGGUGUAUGUUAUAAUGACUUACCUUGUUUUACUGAAUUCUUUGAUUGCAAUGAUUUCGGAGACGUGUGCCUCAGUACGAGAAAACGGAGAAGUUUUUUUCCAUACCCAACGACUUUACGUCAUACUCUUUUUAGAAGAAAUAACCUAUCCUUUUUGGCUACUUGGUGACAAGUGGAUUCCAUGUGUAUCAUUUGAAGAGCGACCCGUAACACGAAAUGAAAUCCUCAUAUAUAGGAGUUACUUUUUAAAAAUGACUUCCAACACCCUCGAAAAUGAAAGUUAUAAUGAUGUCCCGUCAAAAUGUUUUGAACAAGUGCAACAGAAACCUGAAAAUUUUACUAUUAAGAUACAGCAACCUUUCCUCGAGGAAUCUUUCGGUAAUGACAAUAAACCGACUUUUAGAUUGAUGUGGAAUGACGAAAAAAAGUGAAAAAAUCUUAAGCGAUUCCGGUUUACAUUAGUAUAUAUCCAACUUGAACUAGAGUACGAACAACAUCCUGUUCUAUAUUUUAUGCUUGUAAAUAUUCUGUUUUUAUCAAUUUAACCAAAGCCUUACAACUAUUUCAACUAUUUAAUGAUAUUCUGUUUAAUGUGACGCAUUUCUUUUAAUUUUCGUUAUGUUGUUAUGGAACGUCUAAAUGUGUAAAUCACACCAUUGAUUGAGGGUUGGAAAUUGAUAAAAGUUUUUUUCUGUAGAGAACAGUGAGGCUAUAAUGUGUUUGGAUAUAAAAAGAAGUAAUGGAGAGUUAAAAAGAUAUAAAUAG